AUGGAAAUUGGAGAUGAAUUAAUCAAGUCCACAAAUUGGUUAGGGUUAUGUCCAGGAGGGCUGGGGUUGGGUCGGGGUCUUGGGUUAGGUUUGGGGUAUGAGGUGUGGGGUGGUAGGGGAAGGGCGCUUGUCUUAAACGAGGAGGAGAAGAAGAGAUUUUGGAAGGUUUUGGAUGAGGUGCGGGAAUCAUUGUCUAAAGGCUAUGACGAUAUGCAUGAAGGCUUUGGUUUCGGAGAUAGGAAUGAUGAGGGAGCUGCUCUUUUGGAUUUUGUGAGGGCUUUUGGGUUGGUGAUAGUGAAUUUGAGCUUUUCGAAGAAGAAGGAUCACUUGAUUACCUUCCAAAACAAGAUAGCCAAAAUUCAAAUUGACUUUUUGCUGCUUAGAAAGGGGGCUAGAGCAUUAUGUAAGGACGGUAAGGUCAUUUUGGGUAAGAAUCUUUCAACUAAGAAUAGGCUUCUGGUGAUGGAAUUGGUUAUUAAGAAGGGCAAGAAGAGAAGGGACGAGAAAGGUAGACCCAGAAUUAAGUGGGAUAGCUUGACACAAAUUAGUGCACUGGAGAUAGGAGAAAAGGGUCGGUCUGGCCAGUAUUGGGGAGACUGGUGGUGGACUGGAGAAGUUAAAAAGAAGGUGGAGAUAAAGAAGGCGACUUAUGCUAAGUUGGUUGAGAGUAAGGAUGAAGAGGAGCAGCGGGUGAACAGGAAGAAGUACAAGUUAUCUAGGACGCUUAGUUGGUUGAGAGUAAGGAUGAAGAGGAGCAGCUAA